GGCCUUUGUGGCCAUGAAGCUUGCUGCAAUUAGAAGUCCAUCGUGUUGCAGAAACGCCUUUAUUCAUUCAUCUUCCUUCCAAGGAAUUCCUCCAGUUCUAAGAUCACCCCGUGACUACCAGCCCAGAAAUCUCAGUCCUGAAGAGUCCAGAGGGAAAAGAAAGAGCAGAAAUGUGCAUCAAGACCAAGCUCUUAGUUCUCUGGAUGCUAUCAUUAUUUCUGUUCAGCCUGGUCACUGCCGCUGAGACAGAAAGCCCUUCCAUUCAAAACAACAGUAGUCUUUGGCGUCCAGGCCAACUGACUGAAUUCCUCCAGGGCCUAUCUGCUGGUGACCAUCCACCCCAGCACCGUGGGAGCAGCCUCCUCCGAAUCUUGUUGGAGAAAACUGCAUGCCCACGGAGGGCAGAGAGGAUACAAGGAGAUUGUAAUCGGUGCUUUGAGCCAGAUGUUCUCCUACUCAUGGCUGGAGGAGAUACUGAAGGACAGCUGAGAGAGGAAGUGGCUCAGAGACUGUCUCUUCUCCUUCUCUAUUACAUUAUUCACCGGGAAGAGAUUUGCUCCUCCAAACUCAACAUGAGUCACAGAGGGUAUGAGUUUUACCUGCAUGACCUCCUCAGCCUCAGGCAGGAUGAGGACUCUUCCUUCCUGUCUCAGAAUGAGAUUGAAGAUAUACUGGCCAUAAUCUGGCAGUACUUUGAGCCUUCAGCAAGCCAGUGUAUGGAAACCAAAGCAUUGUUGGAACAGUCUGGAAUCCUAAGUAGUAAUGGUGCUGAUGAAAAUACCCUUCCUCGGUUGGCAGCUACAGUCAUCACUUUAUCCCUCCAAGGUGUUUGUUUGGGACAAAGAAAUUGGCCUUCCCCAGACUAUUUCACCGAAUAUAUUUUCAGUUUCUUGAAUAGUACAAAUACGCUCCACCUCUCCAAACUAGAUCUACUCCUCAAUACUCUCUGGGCCCAAUGCACCUGUAUCAGAAAAGAUAGUAAUCAUCAACUUCAAAGAAAAGAAAACAGUGGAACAGUGCAUGUUUGGGAUUUGCCUAUUGGAUCUACUUCCUGGAACCAAAAGGCAGAGGAUGGACUGGAUUCUUGGGAUGAGACAUGCUUCUCUGCUCGGCAGCUGCUGAAGAUCUACAGCCUCGAAACCAUUUCCAAGGAAGACUUGAAGCAAAUGAGUCCAGCAAUCAUCCAACAACUGCUCAGCUGCUCUUGCCAGCUACCCCAGCUCGCUCCACAAGCAAAACUGCCACCCAGCACUAUGGAGAAAUACGGCUACAGCACUGUGGCAGUGGUGCUGCUCACGCUGGGCUCCAUGUUGGGGACCGUGCUGAUCCUUUUCCGUAGCUGUGAGGACUAUCCGCUGAUUUUACAGCUCUUCGUAGGCCUGGCCGUGGGGACACUCUCUGGGGACGCGCUCCUCCACUUGAUUCCUCAGAUUCUUGGCUUACACAAGCAGGAGGCCUCUGAGUUUUGGCAUUUUCCUGAAAGCAAGAGUUAUAUUUGGAAACUGUUGGGCUUGAUUGGAGGAAUCCAUGGAUUUUUCUUGAUAGAAAAAUGUUUCAUUCUUUUUGUAUCAUCAAAUGAGCAGGAUAUUUCCCUGGUUAAUGGGCACCAAGGACACUCCCAGCUUCUUGCUCUCAACUAUGAAUUAAGUGAUUCACCAGACAGAGGGAAAUCGACUUCAACUAUCCAGUUGAAAGGCCCAGAAGAGUCACAAGCAGCUGAGAUUCCUCCAGGCAGUAUGACAUGCCCCAGUAGAAAACGCAAGAACAUAAGCUUGUUGGCAAUAAUGAUUCUUGUUGGGGACAGCUUGCAUAACUUUGCUGAUGGCUUGGUGAUUGGGGCAGCCUUCUCAUCUUCAUCAGAGUCAGGAGUGACGACAACCAUUGCUAUUUUGUGUCACGAGAUCCCACAUGAAAUGGGAGAUUUUGCUGUGCUCUUAAACUCUGGUCUUCCCACCAAGCUCGCCAUCCUGAUGAACUUCAUUAGUGCUCUGACAGCCUUCAUUGGACUGUAUAUUGGCCUUUUAGUAUCCACUGAUCCUUCUGUUCAAGACUGGAUCCUAACCAUUACUGCUGGAAUGUUCUUAUAUUUAUCUUUGGUGGAAAUGCUUCCUGAAAUGACUCAUGUUCAAACACGGCGACCCUGCUUGAUGUUUCUCCUGCAAAACUUUGGAUUGUUUGUAGGUUGGCUUUCUCUCUUACUCUUGGCUAUAUAUGAACAAAAUAUUAUAAUAUGAAACUCAAGAUACUUAAAAAUAAAUUUACAUGGCCUCAUUUUGUUUCUUUCACUACACUCUGUGGAGAUUGAUACAUUUUGUUUUUAUCAGAGAUAAAGGAUAUGCCUUCUAGUUCAUUAACUUAUUAAUUUUAUAAUACAAUUUUUGUUUGGAUACUAGAUAGAAAUCAGGUUGUGCUCCAUUGAAAUGUUUCUUCAACGCCAUGAUGUUAAUACCUUUCAGUAAUUACUGAAUUUUAAAUUAUUUCUAAAGUUAAAAAUAUUCUUUCCUUAAUAAAGAAUGUAUGUAGAGUUUGAAGUCAAGAGUUGGGAUAAAAUUUGGUGCAAUUUCUUUGAUGUCAAUAGUAUGCAUUUUUCCCCUGAGAUUAUAAACCACAAGCAAAUAAAAUUGUGAACAAAUGUAAUAAAGCCUAGUUUUAGUGUGAUGGUUUAUAUUACCUUCUAUUACUGGAUGUCAUUUUUGGAUAUUAUUGCCCACUGGAAAAUAUAGAACCUUCACCUGGAUGUAUUACUCACUAGCUCAUAAAUGCUCAUAAGAAAGUAAACAUGGGAAGCCUAAAAUGUUAGAUUAUACCUUAUUUUACCCAAAACAAAGAUCAUUCUUUGUAUCUAUGUAUUAACAACUUGGUUUCACCCAAAAUAAAGAUCAUCCCUGGUUUCUUUAUA